ACUCAGCCUGACGGGCAAGCCCCUGGAAGCCCAACUUGGCUCAGUAUCAAAGAGCUUGGGCUUCUUUCUUGGACCCAGCGAACCUCGUCCGGGCAAACCUGGUGGUGUUGACAUGAUGAUUCUCUCUACUGCCGUCACUUCCUCUGCUAAAAAAACUCAAGUUACUCAACGGAAAAAGCCGUGUGUCACUCUUCGUUAAACCCCCGCAGUUUCAAUUUGCUAAGUUACCUUUCGCAGGGAGAGCUAUUCGUCCGUCAUAGCCAUACAACACUGCAGCGCUGAAGGGAACAGAUGGGGCAAGAAGGAAACUCAGUAACAGAGCACACCCAAGUCGACUCGGCGACUCUUGAGAACACUGAAGCGCUUCUAGAGGCUGCGAGAUAUGAUGACAUCGAUGAUAUCAUAAGCCUGGCAUCCGCUGGUAUUUCUCUUGAUUCCAAGGAUUCACAGGGACGAACAGCACUUCAUAUGGCUGCAGCUAAUGGACAUCUUGGCAUUGUGGAAUAUCUCAUUGGCAAAGUGGAUGUUAAUGCUUCUAAUGAGGAGAAAAACACACCUCUUCAUUGGGCUUGCCUCAAUGGACAUAUUGAGGUGGUUAAAAAAUUGAUUCUGGCAGGAGCGAACGUAAGUUUUUUAAACAGUUUUGCCACCUAUUGUUGUUCAGCCAUGAACGGACUCCGAUUGAUGAAGCUGUGAGUAGGGGAAAGAUGGAUGUCAUUGACGCAAUUAAUGCAGCAAUUGCACAGCGUGAACUUAGUGGUGUCACGGUUUCCUAACUGUAUCUCAGUGGAGAACUCUUCUUUUUUCCCCACUUUUUGUCCCAUAAUGUGAAAUUUUUCUGAAGCCCUAGUGGGUUCCUCUUUAUUUUCCCUUGUUACUGUGAUGCUUUGGAACAAUACAACUCAAAUUCUCUAUACAAAAUUCUCCAAUAUAGUGCCUUUUAGGAGCAAGAAAAUAAGUUGAGUGGUUGCUUUUUAGUGCUUUAA